GGUGAAUGGAGAGGAUCCCAGAGAGCCUGCGAACACAUCCACUGUGUCCACGGUGUCCACCGCUGCUUCAGCUGGACUUCCCAGCAGAGGACGCCUCGUGGUCGCACAUCAGGAUCGCCGCCGACUGCAGACCGGGGAACGCUACCGUGUCCUGUGAGAGGAGGUUGAAAGGAGCUGUAGCAGGAGGUGGAGGAUUGGAGGCACAACCGGGCGAAGCCUCAGUAGCCUGUGUGGCUCUGAAGCUCUGUGUGCUUACAUGCCUCUUCAGCAGAGACAGAACAGUGAAAGGUUGGGAAGGAAAGGAAGCCAAUCAGAGCUAAGCGAGGUGUAAAACAGAGGAGGUACCCCUGAGAUGGAUCCGGCGCUGACGAUGUGGCACACGCAGGUGGCUCCUUUAGAGAUGGACCUGGAGAGGAGCCCUGAGCUGCAGUGUUCCAUCUGCUUCACCACCUACGACAACAUCUUCAAAACGCCCAAGCAGCUGGACUGCACGCACACGUUCUGCCUGGAGUGCCUGGCGCGCCUCAUGGCCAUCUCCAUGGAGCCUCAGGAGACCAAGAUCUCCUGCCCGUUCUGCCGCCAGCUGACGCCCGUGCCCAAAAACGGCCCGCCUGCGCUCACCACCAGCCAGGAGGUGCUGGGCCGCCUCCCCAGCCACCUGCAGCGGGAGGAGGCCGUCUGGCUGGAGGGGGAGAAGCUAUGCUACAAGUGCCCGUUGGAGACCGGCGUGCCGGCCUUCUGCAUCUGCGUGGACAUCGGGGCCAGCGGGCAGGGGGCGAGCGCCCCCGGCCAGACGCGGACCCGGCCGGGCCUGCUGGAUCGCUUCACUGACUGGAAGAAGCUGCUGCUCUUUAUCGUCGUCAUGGUGAUGCUGGUGGUGAUCGUGUUGUGGCCGCUACAGUGUAUUGUGACCACGGGCUCCAUGCGCUGUUUGCCCCGGCCCAGGCCUACUGCCAGCACGCCGGCUACGCUCGCAAUGACACGGCCGUGAAGGACCAACACACACACACUCACCUGCACCCAUCACGGAUAAAGUAGGAGCUAUGGGUGAAUGCUGCGAUAUGUGUCAAUUCGAAGCCCGAAUAAACUCCGUUGCGAUGAGGCAAUUAGGCAUUACUUGGGAAAGAAGUCUCUCUCAUACUUGAAAAGGCUUUAAAAAAAAAACAUUUUAUCGAAUGCCUCUUGUUUAGUGCUGGCUGCUAUAACAACAGAUCAAGAAAACAGACAUCUUUAACAUGUCAAGAUGCCCAUCAGUGGAUCUCUUUGCUAAACUGAGCCCCAUGUUCAUGUUCUGAAAGCCAAAAGAACCAAUGGACUGGAAAUAAGCAGCGGAACAGUGGCGUGAAAAUACGGCUCAAUGACACGAGAUGAAUACCAGACACCUGUGGUUUGUCUUUAUUCCUGCAGCAUCCAACCAUCCAACAUCUAAGGAUCAUGACAAUCUAAUAACUGCACAACCACAACAAACUUGCACUUUCCAUAAGUAUUGGCAUCAAUUCAUGAGAAAAUCAUGUUUGAUUUCAGAGGUGUAUAUAUUUGUUAAUUGUGAGGUUGUCUGACAAGUAUGUUUGUCAGGGUUUGUUGAGAGCUGAGUGAUUGUUUUAGAAAACUGAAAUCAAAUCACUGUUUCAAAAUGUUGCUACAGUAUUUGACAUGUGGCUGCAGUGGAAACGAGACUCCUUAUGCCAACAUUUAUUCGACAUUUAUAUAAACAUUUUAAUAACUGCACUCUCAAUGGCUUUCCAUGCAGUUUUUUGAUAAAGCUUUAGCAAAGUUUUCUAAAGUUUGAUUAACACAUUGGGUUCUAUAUGUU